UUAAACGCGCACAUUCCGUUUCUUGGAUCAUUCUGUGAUAAUCUACAUUAAGAAAGUAUAAAAAAAAUUUAAAUAAAAUGUUUAACAAAAUGCAACGGCAACAGGUGAACAUUACCAACUACACCCAUAGUGCACUGGAUUGUGCUGAAUCACGCACAGUGCGCACAAUAAAUACAAAACAAGCGCAACAACAACGCCAGCGUACCGCUUGCAACCAAUCAAAUGAAUUAUACAGCAAUAGCGUCAGUGUGACUUCUACAGCUGUCCCGCAUCUUAGCGAGGCUACUCAUUUGGACAAUGGCUAUUUGGCCAUUGGAAAUCCCAACAAUAGUAACGUCACCUGCUCAAUGACAUCGACGAAAGCCGGCGAAGCCUCAGUAUCGAAAAUGCAAAACGCGCGACUAAGCGUCAAAGCGCGUUUGCCAAAGAGGGCACCGUUGAUGAAGUCCGCUGCUCUCCUCCCCAUCAUUUGCUUUGCCAUACUCGCGCACGUUUCCAGUGCUUCAGCUCGAACAUUACCCGGAAGAAGACAAAUACUGCACACUCUCGAAAGCCGGAUGCAGCAUCAUAAGAAUCUGAUGCUUCAGGAAAGCGAGCGUAUGCCCAGCCACACUGUACCCGCAUAUCGUCAUCAUCACCUAAACAUCCGUUCGCUUGAUAUGAAUUGCAUGGACAUUGCAAAAGUUGUGCGUAGCUUGAAAAUUCAAGCUGAGGUGUCGCUUCAAACGCUCAAGGACAAUGUGCAUAACUAUACUCUUCCCCGUUUCAAUACAACACCUGAAAAUGCCACAGAAUAUUGGAUUAAAUCCAAGUUGAAUUUGUCGCAUCCCUAUCAAAAGUUCUUGGACCGUGAUUUCACGAAAUCAGUAGUGAGUCAUGACUUUAGUCAUUUGGAGGGCAAAACAUUGGAUGAAGAAUUGCUCAAAGUCGAACUGAACAAAAUCUAUAAGACCAUCAAAACAUUGCAAAUCAUUUUCACACGCCUCUCAGAGGAAAAUCAAAAGAACGAGCAAGCUUUAAUGCAUAGAUAUCGUCAGGGUUUCAAUGACAUGAACAAAUAUUUGGAUGUCACACGUGUCGAAUUGAAUAACAAUCUACAGAUCACAAAAUCCGCAAUUGAUACGCUUAAAAUUACAAUGGAAAACUUCGAUGAGAACAGUGUCACCUACAAUGAGACCGUCUUCGCGAAAGACUGGUUGAUGGUUGUCGAAAAUAUAAGUUUCCUGCAGUAUCUGGAUCAGCUCUAUGCAUUGUUGUUGAAGAUGUGCAACGGUACAAAAUGAUAUCUCAACGCAAAAGACAUGUAAAUACUCGUACUCGUAAAAUAUAUAUAUUAAGAAUAUAUUUGUAAACGCCUGAGAGGCCGUCGUCACACCAAUUCGAUACAAACCGAGCCAGCACCAAACCAUAUGCAGGAGAACGAACGCAGACGAACACAAACGAGCGCAAAUAUAUGCACGAGUGUGUCAGUAGAUAUACAUACACGUGUACAUGCGUAGGCAAAAUGCAUGUUCGUGAAAUUGGGAGCGAAGCAGCGGCGGCGUUGCUUUUUUUUCGUUGCUCUCUUCCUGCUCAAAUCAUCUCGUUUUACUACAGCCUGAGGGAUAUAUAGGACGGAUGCGUGCGGUGAUGGGUUGUAAGUGAAUUUGGGUGUGCGAUUUUUAGCUAGAGACUAUAUCCUAUUUAUGCUUUAUUUUUAUUACGGAUUCAAAAAGCUUUUGCUUUUCCAUUAUGACAAUACCUUAAUUAUUAUUAUUAUUAUUAUUAAUAUUGAUAUUAUUAAUUUUAUAAGACAUUUUUUAGAAACUUAAUUUAUGAGAGACUUGACGAUAUUGAUUUGCUCACAAUUUUUUCGAUUUCAACUUUGAAGAAAAUCAAGAAAUCAAGCAACCAAAAACAUAAAAAUAAAAAUAAAAAAAUAUUUAUAUAUAUCAAACAACAACAAAAAAAAAAUAAACUUGAGAGAUUGUAAAUAAAAAUAUAGAAAACAAAGAUAUUGUGUCAAAAUAAUUCGUAAACAAUAAUGGCGAAAAAUGCGAAAGUUGCGAAAAUAAAUGCAAAAUAAAUUGAAGUGACUGAGUCUGUGCGACGUGAAGGUGCAGGCAAAAUGGCAUAAACAACGUGAAAUCUAAAUAAGAGCAGACUUUAAAAAUAGUUUUGAUUGCUUUAUGUUUUAUUUUUACUUUUUUUAACUAUCCGAUUGACGGCAAAAGUAAAUAUAACAAUUUCUUAAGGUCUGUUUUGUAGUGAAUUUAUACAAAUAUAUUGUAUAUAACUCACGGCAGUCACAGUAGAGAGUGAAGCAAAAGGCUUAAAGCGAUUGAAAAAUACAAAAAUAAAAAACCAAAUUAAAAAUAAAAACAUAAAAAAUGCUUGAGAAAUACAAAAAUAAAAAACCAAGCAGGGCAAGUUAAAAAUAGAAACAGAUAAAAAAUGCUUGAAAAAUACAAAAAAAAAUUUAAGCAUGGCAAAUUAAAAAUAAGAAAUGCUUGAAAAAUUAAAAAAAAAAUUCAAGCAUGACAAAUUAAAAAUAAAAAAUGCUUGAUAAAUACAAAAAAAAUUGAAGCAUGGCAAAUUCAAAAUAAAAAAAAAAUAAAAAAAUGUUAAAAAAAUAUCUCUCAAAUGUCAACCUAUGAUAAUUAAGAUUUUACAAAUUUUGUAUUAUUUAUUUAUUUAUUUAAUGUACUUAUUAAUUUAUUAAUUAAUUUAUUUAUUUAUUCAUUUAUUUAUUCAUUUUGCAUAUUUAUUUAUACCAUAUAAAUAUACACACACACACUUGUAUUUAUGUAUAUACAUUGAGUAUUUAUUUCUUGCACAAAAAAUUGGCGCAUAAAUUUGCGGCCAAAAAUGUUUGAAAAAUUGAAUAGUAGCAAAACUUGACAAAAAACAGAUUAUUAAGGAAAGUUAUGCCAGUUAUUAUAUGUAGAUGUUCCAACUAGGAAUUCACACGUGACAUGCAUCAUGUGAUAUGGAGCUUCACAUCACACGAUAUCAACUGAUGUCACAUCGCAUGAGAGACCAUUACGUACAAUUAGAAGAUAAACGUCAUUACACAUUGUGUGCCAUGAUAUCAUUUGAUGAUGAAAUGUUGAUUUGAUGAUGAAAGGUUGAUUUGAUGAUGGAAAAAUAAAAUUUAAAAAUUGAAUUACAUUCAAAGAUGUGAUAUUUUCCAAAUUAAACAAUGAAGAGUAUUUGUAUCAUGCGAUAUGGAAUCAGGCAAGAUGAUUACAGCAAAGAAUAACAGCUGAUAGAAUAUCAGCUUGAAUGAGUAUGAAUCAUAUUAUAUUAUACAAUGUGGCGCAAAAUUAAUCAUCCAUUACUGUUUUUGAGCAAAUUUUUUAGUAGAUAACAAAAA